UCUACCUGCGCUAUUAAUAAACGGCCCCUCUAAUUGUCGCAAUUGCGAUCACCCUCCCUUGUACAAGCCUUGAGCACCGACCACUCCCCCUCGCGGUUUGGCAAUUCUCACCAAAUUACGACGAUGCCCUAACUUUAGUAUUUACUUGCUUCCUUCGCUCCCACUUAGUAUGACAUAGGUCACGCGCGGAAAUGGCUGAAGACGGAGGUGGCUUUUCUUUCCCUGUGUUACAUCCACCUUCAGAACCCCCUAAAAAGAUGCCUUUGACAGCCUUCUCUACCGUUACUGACCGCUCGGGGCCGCAAUCGUCGACGCCAGCAGCGCCGGUGCCGCUGUAUGAGAAGCCAGCUCGCUCAAAGGUUCCCUUAGAAAAGGGCUACACGCAAGUUGACUGGCUGCGCCUCGCCAAGUCGGGAGCCGACCUGACCGGUCGUGACGGCCAGCCGCUGCGGCGCGAUAUCUCGCUGGCGGAGGUGCGGCAGCACGCCAGCGCGGAGGAUGCGUGGAUGGUGUUGCGCGGCAAGGUGUACAAUAUCGGACCCUACCUGCGCUUCCAUCCGGGGGGCGCCGCGGUGCUCAUGAAGGCGGCGGGCAAGGACGGCACCGCGCUGUUCCAAAAGUACCACCCCUGGGUGAAUGCGGACGCGCUGCUGGAGAAGUGCCUGGUGGGCUUGCUGGCGCAGGAGUAGGACGAGGGGCGGGUGUGGGAAUUAAGAAGGUAAAGAGGGAAAACUAAAUGAUGAGUGCAGCAACUGGAGUCCUAAUCCCGUAUCCCUACUCAUGCAGUGAGUAGGAGGGUAAAAGGGAGGUGGCAAGCAGCUGCAGAGGCGCGAUGGGGAGUGCGGGUGCGGGUGAGAGGAAAGGGCAAACGGCUAGGUUUGUUUUGCGGUCGUCCUGGUGCCGUGGUGCGUAAUGACUUUUGUGGUUAACCUCGUGGUGGUGGGUGGAAGUGCAGCUGAAGGGGUCCGACAGUAGGGGGCGAUAAAGGGCUGGUGAGGGGCUGGAGCUCCCGGGCGAGGUCCCACAACAAGGUGUGCUGCAAUGGCGCUUGGCAGUCCAGGGAUCCAGCUGGGUGCAACGGCUGUGAAAGCGCACUGUUAACACGCGCGUGGGCCCUGGCACGGGGUGACUUGUGGCCAAGCUGUAGAACACGGGUGUGGACGUGCGUCGGAUUUUCACUCGCAUGCAUGUGGUCCGUGAGUGUGAGCGCCUCAUCCACUGCAAGUUAUGGGUGCCGAGCGUGUCUUUAUACUUACGUUAUUGGGACUCGUGGGGUCAUGCACUGGCGGAGGGUGGUGUAGUAUGAAACCGUUUAUUGCAUGCAGGCUGGCUCGUGG